GAAUUUAAAGAAUCCACGACAACAUAUUUCCACUAUUAUCCAUACGCAGUCGAUAGAGAUUAUACGGAGAAACAGGUUAAGAUUCACAAUAUCGGUUCAAUGUGCCCUGUGGUUAGCUUUUCAGCAAUGUCCUUUUAGAGGACACGAUGAGUCGAAAAAUUCAAAGAACCGUGGUAAUUUUCUUGAGAUGGUUAGAUUUUCCGCCACACUCAAUGACAAGGUGAAAGAGGUUGUCCUAGAAAAUGCUCCCAAAAAUUCUACUUAUACGUCGCCUGCUAUUCAAAAAGAGAUUUUGAAUAUUGUUUCUAACGAAAUCAGAGACAAGAUUCGUGAAGAAAUUGGAGAUAGGAAAUAUUGCAUACUUGUGGAUGAAUCUAAAGAUGCUUCAGAUAAAGAGCAGAUGGUGCUAGUUUUGAGGUAUGUGGAUAGUGAUGGGUAUGUUCAAGAAUUUUUUUUCGAUAUUCAAUGUGUGAAAAACACUUGUGUCGUAACUCUCAAAAAAGGUAUAACUGAUAUUCUUAAUCGUUAUAAUCUUCCCAUUGAAAACAUGCGAGGACAAGGUUAUGAUGGUGCUAACAAUAUGCGAGGUCGAGUGAAUGGAUUAAAAGCUUUGUUUCUUAAAGAUUGUAAAUAUGCAUAUUAUGUUCAUUGUUUUGCACAUAGGCUACAGUUAGCUCUUGUUCACACAGCUGAAAAAAACGGUAGACUUUGGGACUUCUUUUCAAUGUUAAAUAAUAUUGUUAAUCUUGUCACUGCUUCUUCACUGCGUUUAGGAUCUUUCCAAGAUGCUCAAGAAGAUGAUAUUAACCAAAGGUUGGCUAAUGGCGAUCUUGAGACAGGUAGAGGGGCUAAUCAAAUAGGUACGUUUCCACGAGCUACUGAUACUCGCUGGAGUUCUCAUUAUGGUUCUGUAUGCAGUUUGAUUGAUAAGUUUGAUGCAGCUUAUACAACUAUUGAAGAUAUUAGUACAAGUGAUCCUAACGAGACAUGUGGGGUAGGUCAAGCACAAAGUACUUUAGAAAAAAUGCAAGAAUUUAAAUUUGUUUUUGUGUUGCAUCUAGUAUAUAAGAUAAUGGGAUACACUGAAAUACUAUGUCAAGGACUUCAAAAGAAAACACAAGACAUAGUCAAUGUCGUGGCUUUAGUUUCGAACACUAAGCUUUUACUUCAUAAAUUAAGAUCAGAUGAAGAUGGUUAUCGACUUUUUAUCGAAACAUUGUGCCUAUUUUGCAUUGAACAUGGUAUCGAUAUCCCUGAUAUGACUGCACCUUAUAUGCAAGGUACGGGUCGUUCUUGCCAGCAGCGUGAUAACAUUACUGUAGAUCAUCAUUAUCACCAUGAUAUUUUUAAUGCUGCAAUUGAUCUUCAGAUCGCGGAAUUAGUUGGAAGGUUUCCUGAGGAUACAAUGGAGUUACUUGUUCUUUGUUCAUGUUUGGAUCCUCGAGAAUCUUUCAAAGCAUUCCAUGCAGAAAAUCUUUGUACUCUAGCUGAAAAGUUUUAUCCUCUCGAUUUCAGUCGACAAGAGCAAGUGCGGAACGGUAUUUUUCAACAAUGUCAAAUGUUAAAUCAGCUCUCCGCAACAAAAUGGAUGCAAAUUUUCUUAGAGAUUGCAUGAUGAUAAACAUUGAAAGUAUCCUUGCACGAAAAAUCAGUAUUGAUCGGAUAAUUGAUUUGUUUAUUGCUCGAAAGGAUCGAAAAGUAAAACUAAAGCAAUAGAUGAUGAUCUAAAUGCUGGUUGAUGGGUUUUGUUGGUAAAUCUGUUGUUUUUUUGUAUAUUUGUAUCAACCUGACUAUUACAUCUAUUAUAUUAUAUAUAAUGAAAACUUUUUUGU